AUGCUCUUCGUGCUGACACUUAUCGUUUGCGUGGCGUUGAGCUCUGUAAGCACCACAACAUCUUGGUACAGUGGAUUCCUCGACUAUCGGCCUUUCACCGUUCGCACGACCAAGUUUCUGUGCACUGGGCAACCCUACAAAUACUCGAGAGUCGAUAAGUGCAGCAUAAAACUUUACCGAAAUGGAUCCUCGUCCCUUUCCUUCCGAGGUACUGUUUUGAAACCAUUCAAACCCGUUUACGGAACCAUAAAAAUAUGGUACAAAAGCAACGUCAACGUAUGGAGGCCCAUGCUGGGUAUUGACGAUAGAGGCGACAUUUGUGAAUUUUUCAACAAAAAUGAUCAACAGUUAAACCCAAUGCAUAGACUUUACCGGCGUUCUUUGUCAUUGAUGUUUCCAAAUUCUACGUUCCAGUGUCCAUAUCAGGGAACUUUUGAGUUCAAAGACUUCAUUUUCACCGAUUCAAUGUUUCCACCCUUCGUACCGGUGGGAAGCUAUCGCAACGACAUGACGAUACUAACGGCCAACAACGUAACCGUGUUUGCAUUUGCAUUCUACGGAACAGUCCGCGCGAAAGGAGCAGUCGAUUUGAGCAUGGGGUAG